AAUAAUUGGUUUAAUUGCAUAUGUUUAGGUUAUACCAUGAAUUUUGAGGAAGUUUGAUAAACACGAAUUGAUAAAGAAAUCUUUGUCUUCUACAAAAAAUUGUGUGAAUACUUGCUACAAAUUCCGAAUUCCGAAAAAUCUUCAAGUAUAACACAGCUGUCUCUCGCGAUGGCCGCUUGACAGGACGGCCAGAGGUCACUGAACUCGUUUCCCAUAAACACAGCCCUCUAGAGAAACUGCUUCAGAAUGUUCCAGAAACCGACAUUUGGGAGUACCAGCACAUCGACGUUCGGGUCGUUCAACGCCGGCACAAGCGCGUCUUCCCCCUUCGGCGGGUUCAAGCCGACAACUGGCACAAGUGCUUUCGGCGCCCCGCCAGCAUUCGGCGCUGCAGCUUCUACGCAGCCUGCUACUGGAGGGGGUUUAUUUGGAGCAUCCAACAAUACUGGCGGUCUGUUCGGUAACACAGCAGCUUCCACAUCCACUCCGGCAUUCGGUAGCACAACAGGCGGUUUCGGGUUCGGCUCCAGCGCGCCCUCUACUGGGUUCGGCACCAAUGUCAGUACGGGACUGUUCGGGAAUGCGCAGAACACUUCGGCCUUUGGGGCCAAACCCGCAGGUUUCGGCUUCGGCAGCACCCCCACUGCUGGGACCACGACCGGUGGGCUAUUCGGGGCCACUCCCACCGCUGGGACUGGGCUAUUUGGGCAACAGAAUACCUCGAUGACCGGGGGAGGACUGUUUUCCAAUACUACUGGCGGCGGAGCUUUCGGCCAAUCAACAGCCACUGGUACAGGUCACGUGAAAUACAGCCCAGUGGUGGGCACCGACGUGGUAGUGAAGGGGGGCAACUCGCAGAACAUCAAUAUAAAACAUCAUUGCAUCACUUGUAUGAAGGAAUAUGAAAAUAAAUCGCUGGAAGAGCUUCGUUUGGAAGACUACACGGCUGGAAGAAAAGGUGCCCAAGGUGGCGGUAUGUUUGGGUCAGGGUUCGGUGCUCAGCAGACGGAAACCAAACCCUUGUUCGGGGGAAGCACUUUCGGCCAACCGGCGACCACUACUGUGGCCAGCAUGUUCGGUGGUAGUAGCCUUGGAACAACACCAGGUUUUGGACAAACCAGUACGUUCUCAUUUGGCGGAAAUACACAGAACACUGCCAACACUAGUUUGUUUGGCGCGAACAAGCCAGCGUUUGGCACGACAGCUACUACUGGCACAGGUCUUUUCGGCACAACCACAACACAGGCGCCGUCCUUCGGUGCAAACACUUCCACAUUCGGCUUCGGCGCACCGGCACAGAAUCAGAGUGGCGGCCUAUUCGGUGCCAAGCCCGCCACAACUGGUUUCGGCACCGCACCGGCCUCAACAAGUUUCGGCAGCUUCACUGGUGGCGGUUUGUUCCAGAACAAGCCUCAACAGGCCGCCCCUGCCUUUGGGACUGCGCAACCUGCGUUCGGUAAUCUGUCGGGCGGUUUCGGCACGGCGACGUCGACAUCGGGCGGGCUUUUCGGUGCCAAUUCUACUUUCGGGAAACCUGUCGCUCAAGCACCAGCUUUCGGUUUCUCACAGCCUUCUCUAGGCACAGGUCUAGGCACUGGGUUGGGCAAUAACCAGAACAAAAUGAUGGGCGGUUUCAACAAUAUGAGUGGUGGAGGAUUAUUCCAGCAGCCGCAACAGAACAGUGUGUUUAGAACUGAUAGUGGACUAGGAGGCACCGGAAUGUUCGGAGGCAACACAUCACUUGGUGCUCCAUCCCUCGGCCUCGGGCUGAAUGCAAACAAUACGUCAUUAAACAACUCAGGUUUAAGCGGUGCCUCAGCGGCGGGCAACGUACAUGAACAAAUGUUGACAUUGGCUGCAAGGCCUUACGGAGACUCACCGCUGUUCAAGGACUUGGUGCCUGGAGAUCCGGGCACUACAGCGGAUGAAGUAUUAAAACCUACAAAUCCAGCUGCGGUGAAAGCGAUUUUGGAUAGCGGUCGAUUGCCGCCCACAAGACCACCGCUAAGAUUGCAGCCGCGGCCUUUACCAAACGAUAAGAAAUCACUAUUCGACGGUCUCGAGGAAUCGGACACGAGUUUAGAAGACAAAUUGAGUUUGAAGCCGAGCCGCAAACGUUUGGUGUUAAGACCGAACCCCAGGGGAGAUUCGCAGCAAGACAACGAGCAAACACAACAGACGGACAGGAUUGUGGAAGAUCAACGUAACGACAGUAUCCCAAAUCAAGGCACAGAAUCCGAGCCCCCGGCAGAUGUACCAGAUUCUAGCGGUGCAGGAAAACGUUCUGGGAGCUUCGCGGAGAAUAAUAACGACAUCAGUGCUGAUAAAAAUAAUAGUUGGCUCAGCUCGUCAAAGUUGCCAUGGAACGACAAAGAAAAGCCAUUGGACAACGAGCCCACACCACGCUUGUAUCCGAGAUUAGAUAAAGAAAUACAGUCCCAAACAUCGGAGAGGCGAGCCAGUUGGUUGACAACGAAACCGCUAAGAAAACCUCUGAUCACGAAUCCGGACAGCGCUGAGAACUCGGUACGAGAGCUCGGGGUUCGAUCCCCAGACAGGAUGGCAGACAAAGAGAACAUAGAUUCGCUAUCAGUUUCUGAAGAGGAGAACGUUUCCCGUAGAGACAUGCCGCCUCACCCGGCCGGGGUGAAACUGACCAGACCCGGCUACUUCACAUUACCCAGCCUUCAGGAGAUGAUAGGUUAUAUGCGUCCGGACGGAUCGUGCGUCGUCCCUCACCUUACUAUCGGCCGCCACAACUACGGUAACGUGUUCUUUGACACGGAAAUCGACGUGGCUGGACUCGAUCUCGAUGCUUUGGUUCACUUCCUAAACAAGGAGGUCAUCAUCUACCCCGACGACGUGGACAAACCACCCGUAGGGUCAGAGUUGAACCGACGGGCCAUAGUGACCUUGGACCGAGUAUGGCCUCGGGACAAGACGCAGCGGCGACCCAUCACGGAUCCAGACAGGUUACUAAAGAUGGAGUACGAGGCUCGUUUGCGACGCGUGUGCGACAAACACGACACUAAAUUCAUCGAGUAUCGACCGCAGACUGGCAGCUGGGUGUUCAGGGUAGAACACUUCAGUAAAUACGGUCUGACGGAUUCCGAUGAAGAAGACGAUGCACCGACACCGGAUGUGAUGAAGAGACAGCUCGUCAACCAGGCGUUGCAGAAAGCCGCGCCCGUCGCUCCCCCAAAGCCUCCACCAUCAGCCCCCACACCCGGCUUGGGAGGCCUAGGGCUCCCCUCGACAUUGGCAGAAGACAGCCUCUUCGCUAUGCAUCAGACUUCGUUGAACCUGCUCAACGGAUCUUCUAAAGCUUUCGAUAUGGAUACUACGGAGGACAAUGCGGAGGCACAGAGCUUGUACCAGGACAACAGAGCUUACGGCGUUAAGAGUCCAACGACAGAACUAGCGCGAUUGGAGAAUCGACAGAGUCACCACGUACAACUGAUGAAAGCCUCUCUAUACGCAGACACAGAAAUGGAAGACGACGCAUCCGUAUCGACGGGCGAUCAAUUAGUUCCGAUAUCGGCUCCGCUUUUAAGUAGUGUCACUCGAGCGCCAUCUAUCGCGACUAUAGAACCGGAGAAUAUGGACGAAUCAAUCCCGGCAAUAACUGAAGAGUGCGAACAGCCGAUGCGACCACUGAUAGUACAACCUCACACCAUAGUUCUAAAAUACCAUAGAAAAGUGCCACCGUUCAAAGAAACCAUAGCAGGUCGUUUGGACGCGUCGUAUUUGGCCGAUAUGUCUAUAUGCCGCGCUCGACAUUUUCGCGUCGGUUUCGGGCCCGGAGGUGUAAUGGCUUUCCUGACUAGCCGGGAUACAUUAGUUCAUCUGCCGAAUAACGCUCAACUGUGUGAUUUGAAUAAAUAUGUGCGCGGUCGGGGUCCAGAUGAUUGGAGCGAUUAUGUCGUCUCAAGAAUGGCCAUCGGACAAGGGGACAGUGGGAACUAUCUACAGGAAGCUUUGUCCCGCCACUUGGAAACAUUAUUAGACUUUUCCGACCUAACCGUUGAAUCUGAAGACACUUGUCCGUACUUAACAGUCCGCGAUAAACCCGCGGACAGGAGGAAACUACUCAACGGACAUUUGAGAGACGCUUCUGCACUGCAAUCUACUCGUGAUCUGUGGGGCGUAAGCAGUGCAUAUUGCUUGCAAGUGUGGAAACUGUGCGACGCGCUUUGGGGAGAUGAUUUAGACAACGGUGGACUACCAGGAACGGACGCCGCAUCCAUAGUAGGAAGGCAUAGAAAAUUCCUUUACUGGAUGAGUGAAGUAGUUUCAGAUAUUACGGAUAAAGAAUUAGCCACGCCUGCCAAGGGAGAAGCUGAGGACGAAGACGAUGGCCACAGUAGUAGAAUCUGGACUCUGCUGCUUGGCGGAAGAUUGCCAGCUGCCUGUCGACUGGCACGCCAACACAACGACCUCAACAUGGCAGCGUUACUGGCACAAGCAUCGGGCGACCCCACAUUCCGCAGUCUAGUGUCCCGCCAGUUGUCCCAGUGGCGUGAAUGCGGAGCUGAUUCCUUAAUAUCGUCUCAUCGACUGGAAUCCUUAAGAUUGGUGGCCGGAGAGGCGAAACCUUUGGGCAAAUUGACGGAAGUGGAUUGGUUGAGAGCACUGCACGCUACGGCCAGAUACUUGUGUCCACAAAUCCCCUCAAUAGAACGAGUGGUGAGCACGUACGAGGGUUUCUUCGGCGCGUCCUCUGAUGAUGAAGAGAUGGUGGAUAUACUGAAGGUGGAUGAGAUGGGAAUGCAGCCGCCGUUACCGCCUUAUAUGGAGCAGUAUCAGUUGGAUGAGAACGGUAAACAACACCGCGUUUUUGAUCUCCGCUACGAAUUGAUAAGGGCUCGAGCGAACAAUACUAGACCUAAACUACAACCAGCUUCAUAUACCCCGGAUCCUCUGGAUUACAGUUUAUGUUUCCUGCUUGGUACAUGGUUUGGCAACCCGACAGUGGAGAGCAUUACUGGAGUUGCAUCGCAACUGGAAGCUUGUGGUCUCUGGCAUUUGGCAAUACAGGCCUUGUAUUACCACCCUGACGCGAAUCAACGCGGUCACCUAGUCCGCGGCGUGUUAUCCCGUCACGCGCCCAGUGCCGCAGACAACAGUGAGUUGUCAACUCGUAUGCAACUCAUAAGCAACUUGAAAGUGCCCCAGAAAUGGGUUAGAUUGGCGCAAGCGCACAGAGCUAAGUAUGAGAACUUACCAAACAUCGAAGCUGACCACUUAGCGGCCGCGGGGCAAUGGAACGCCGCCCAUAACAUACUGAUUGAACAACUGCUGCCUACUGUAGUAUUAUCUGACGACCUGAAAAGCGUAGCAUCUCUACUGGAACUAUUGAAUGAAGCGGCGUCGCGGGACGAAGUUAGCGAGUGGGAGAGUGGCGGUCUCGCCUUGUACCACUAUAUGCACGUCUGCGAAGAGGUUCGAGGCCUAGUUUGUCGGGCGGAGGGCGAAGGCCGAAGUGGCGUAGGAGCUAGGGUUGGGGCGCUCCGCCCCCGUUUAGUCGCCGCCUGUAGGGCUCUCGCUGCUCUACACCCUAGUACAAGUCGUCAAGCCGCGGCCCGAACAGAGAUGGGUGGCCGUUUAGUCCAAUUAUUAGUGGCCGGGGGAGCUUCUCCAUCCACUUUGGCUGCUACACUAUCUGCACUACGACUGCCUCCGGGAUCCGCCUGCCCUGCGUUUAGACAGAUCACAACAGAAUUGGCGGAACAAGCGUCCGAUUCUUGCAUAGAAUCAGUGUCCAGUUCACCGCGCUCCUCGCACCAUAGAACCGCGAUACACAUUUAGAAAGAGACAGCAACACUUAGCUUAAGAUAUUUAACGAUUAUAUUAGUUAAGUAAUUAUACUAUUUCAUCUGCAGUGCGACCAAGAUGUUUUGGAACCCAGAUGUAUUGUAUUGUAUGUAUAUACAGGGUGUAAAAAAACCUUUAACGGAGUCGAAGGCCACGUACUUUCCCCAUCAUGACGAUAAUUUUUCUUCUGGACCAUACCUGGGAAAUUUAUGGUUUUGGAGAUAUUGAAGGUCAAAGUUACAAUUUUUUUUCAAGAUUUAUACAUUAAUAUUUUCAGAACUUAAUUUAGAAACUUUUUUAUCGACGCACUUACACACACGCACACACUUACACACAGGCACAUUCUUUUGCUGGAAAAAAAUGUAUUUUUUUAACUUAAAAAUACAAAUGAUUCCCACGCCUAAUAUUUUGUAAUAUUACUUGUUUGGGUGUACAGAAUGCGUAGUUUUAGUCUCUGUCAUAGGUUUUUUUACACCCUGUAUUUGUAUAAGAGUAGUUUAUGUAUGUGUGUCAAAUUUAGUAUUUAAGUAUUAAUUAUAUUUUUAUCGUCGUUAUUGUCUAAAUGUCUAGUAUAAAGCAUUUUGCCCUUUCGCCAUACCAUAAGUCUCCAACACUCUUCAGGUUGACUAGGAGAGAAUUCCUAUGGCAUUAUCUAUUGAUGCUUUUCAGAACAAUUAUCUCAGUGGGGUUAUAAUGAAGCAGCAGUGGAUCACUAAAUAGCUCACUUCUAGUGAUUCUCACUUCCAUCUGUCAAACGAAGUUACGCGCCUUCAGAUCUUUUUUUAUUAUUUAUUUAUAUAAAAGGCUUACCAACAAUUGUAACACUUAAGCAAUUACAAUUAUAGACACGGAGAUACUUAUAUCAAUGUUACAAUUAAUUAAAGGUAAACACCACCACCACGUUCGGCUGCGAUCGUUGAAGUUAAGCAACUUUCGUAGUGGUCGGUCAUUGGAUGGGUGACCAAAAAUUUACUAUCUCGAGUUCCUCCGUGCUUCGGAAGGCACGUUAAGCCGUUGGUCCCGGCUGCAUCUGCAGUCGUUAGCACCCACCAAUCCGCACUGUCUCCCUAUUCCAUCCAUAGGGAAGGCCUGUGCCCCAGCA